CUUUCGAUUGCUCACCCAGUGGAUCAGGAGGAAUCAUCUUCAGGACAACUUUCCUUACCCACUGCUACAUUCCAAGGUCACCAAAGAAUUCACAGAAAUAGAAAAAGUAUUCCAAGCUUUAAAGAAUUACCUGCCAACAGUAGACCAAAGAGAAUUCAGUGAAGUGUCCAAUGCAACAAAUAGUCGAGUUACUUUACUACACCCAAAGGAGCAGUACAAUGUCGGGGACACCAUGCAAGUCAGAGUGGAUAUGCGAGAUCACAAAGGCAAUCUCAAGGCUCAUGGAGGAGAUUUUAUUUUGUCCCGUAUUGUUUCUCCAACACUUAAAGCUGCUGCCUCUGGAGUUGUGAAAGACCUAAAAAAUGGGACCUACCUGGUUGAUUUUACCUUGUUUUGGCCAGGCCAGGUGGAAGUGGUGCUGCAGCUGAUACAUUCAAGGGAGGCUGUAGCUGUCUUAUGGAGAGUCAAGCAGCUGCAUUUUGAUAAAUGUUUAUUCACAGGAACAUUCACCAAUAACUCAGUAACAGAGAAAACAAAGUGCUUCUCUUAUCCAAAUUAUAGCCUGCCACUCUGCACCUAUACAGAUAAAAGGGACAACGACACUUACUUCUGUCUGAAGCCUAAAACUCUCCCUUGUGAAACACUGACUCUCUUCCAAAGUAUCAAUAAUGAAAAUCCUAAUAUGACUAAUAAUGAAACAAAACUGUUUGACAGGUCAAGUAUUGGUGUGAGAAUCCCUAAUGAUUUCAAGCCAGUUACAGUUGUGGCACUUAAUGGAGAACUCUUGUUAUCCAACAAAACAUGUUCAUUUGGAGCUCCGCAAUCAGUUCCAAGUGGAUUUUUCUACAAGAACAACUGGUAUUCUUCUUUUUGUAAAUUAAGGAGCUUCAGUAAUAUCCAUGACAUCAAUAGCUGCCUUCAGGGAAAAACGUUGCAUCUGAGGGGUGACUCUACUCUCCGCCAGUGGGUUGAAUAUCUCACAAGUAAGCUUACAGAUUUAAAGCUUUUGGUACACUUAAAUUAUUUUAUGCCAAUGCAUGCUUUCGAUGUAUACAGAAAUAUAAGUGUUGAUUGGAAGAGGCAUGGCCACCCAUGGAUUACAUUCAGUUUAAUUCCUAUCAAAGGUGGACAUUUUGUUGCCAGAGAAGUGGACAGAAUUGCUGGAGGGCCUAACACAAUUGUUGGAAUAACAGUUGGUCAGCAUACUCGUCCAUAUCCUUUACAGCUACAUAUUCAGAAACUGCUGAACAUUCGCAACGCAAUUAAAAGGCUCCUGCUCCGCAGCCCGACCACUACAGUCUUUGUUAAACUGGAGAACAUUCGAGAGUUGAGCAACUCCUUCCGCUUUAGUAACUGGUAUGGCUACAUACAAAACCUGGCCCAAAGAGAGGUCUUUGAAGGACUCAAUGUGACCAUUCUUGAUGCCUGGGACAUGACUGUGGCUGACAACACACAAUACGUUCACCCAGUCGAGCGUGUUAUAUAUAGUCAAAUAGCCAUAUUUUUACCUUAUCUUUGUCCCAAUUCUUCAAACUAAGCUGAACUCCCAUGUCUAUUUACAUUUAAAUUAAAUCUUUAAUAUCCCACAUGUGCAUUUUAGGUGGCUUGGCGUUUAAAGAGGGGAGACAAAAUACAGAUCAUAACUGCAAGGCUGUAAGUUCCAAGUGUACCUACAAUCUGUUAUUAAUUAGAGUCAAAAAGUAAUUUGCAAAGAUACUACAAACUACGUUAAAAGCUCUAAAGUGUACUUACAGCCUCUCAUCUUUAGUAACCUCCUUCUCAGUUUAGGUGAUUAACUUUAUACUUUUUGUCCUUUAUAACCCAAGAAUCAUCACACUACUGUGCUCAAAUUAAAGCUAUCAGAUCAGAUAUUGACUUUAGAGAAAGAAUGUUUGUAGUACUCUCUUGUUAGUCAUUCUGGUGUGUAUUUGUUGAGGGGUGGUGUUUGCCAUAGUAUAAUAACAUAUUUUUAUAUAUGUAUAGAAGUCCUGUAAAAAGCCAAAUGACCCUCAAUCAAUCUUUCCGUCUAUUUAUCUAACACAAAAUAGGGCAGUAGCAAGGACUAAAUGGAGGUUGGAAAUCUGAAACAAGUCAGAUUUUCAUUCAUAUUUCUGAAGAGUUAUCUACCCAUAUACAGUAUGAUCAGAUUUAUUUGGAUUUCACUACCCAUAUAUCUAUCUUUCUGCAACAAUUUCCUUUUUUUGCCUGUAUAUCAUAUACACAAAUUCUACACAACUUCAUAUUUUUACAGACACCGAUGCAUCACCAGAGAUAUCUGCGGGAAUAGCCUGGAAAACACUCAAGGUGUAUCUGAUAAGACAAAACAUUUAGUAAGCUUUGCAUGAAAGUAAAGCGAAAACAAGACAGACAUGAGAACUAAAUAUUGAGAUUUAUAUACAUAACCAAAAAUAUAUACAUUUACCUAAAUAUAUAUAUAUAUGCACUCA